UAACAGAAUUGCUAUUGUGGCAUCCAGCGAGGAGGAGGCCGGGCACAACACCCAGUGCAGACACAAUGAGCAGAGGGACUUCGGCUUCAAGACAUUAAGGAUUACUUCUAUCGGUAUUGCGGUACUUUGUCUUCACAGAGACAACAGUCAGUGGAAACUUGCUGAGAUCAGCCUCCUCCUGCCCGAGGAGACACUCUUCCUCCUGAGUGAUCCACACUUCCUCCUCUUCCUCUUUAACGUGGGGAGACUGCUGGACAUCUGUCAUCUGUGAAAAAAAACAAGCAAGAGUGGACCUCAAGAAUGGAGCAGGAUGGAGAAAAGCAACCCCACAUUAAAGAGGAGGAGGAGGAGGAGGAGCCACUUACCUCUUACAUUAAAGGGGAACAUUAUCAGCAGACCUAUGAGGAGAAGCAGUCAGAGCCCUCCCUCAGCUUACAGGGAAAGAGGAACCACAGCCCCGCCCACGUCAAAGAGGAAGAGGGGGAGCCCCUUUCCCCCCACAUUAAAGAGGAAGAGGAGGAACACAGCAUCAGUCAAGAGGGAGAGCAUCUUAAACGGUUGGAGGAGUUCCCAGUGAUUGGUGUGAUUGGGAAGAGUGAAGAUGAUGAGGUUAAAAGUGAAAGUGAGGAGAAGAGAGAGGCGGAGCCUCCGAGCAGCAGCUCAACGGAAGCUGAUGGAGACCACUGUGGAGGAUCACAAGCAGACAAGCUCUUAGCUCCACUAUCAGAUAGUGAUGACAUCACGUCACACUCUCCUGACACUGAUGAUGAAGACUUUAAAGAUGAUAAGACAUGUCACACUGACAACACACACUUCACGUGCUCUCACUGCGACAAAACCUUUAAACGCCCUCGUUGUCUUAAAACACACACGGGAAGACACACAUUCGAUGUAAAACCUUUUUCCUGCUCAGGGUGUGGAAAAUGUUUUUCACGGAAAAAUGGUUUGAGAGAACACAUGAAAAUACACACUGGAGAACAACAUUUUUCCUGCCCAGUGUGCGGUGAAUGUUUUGGGACGAGUCCAAAUCUGAAAAAACACAUGAGAACCCACCCUGGGAAAAAAACGUUUUCCUGCUCAGGAUGUGGAAAAUGUUUCUCCAGAAAAAAUGGUUUGAAACAACACAUGCAAAUCCACACCGGAGAAAAACCCUUUUCCUGCUCAGUGUGCAGCAGACGUUUUGUGUCAAGUCAAAAUUUGAAAAGACACUCGAGAUUACACACUGGAGAAAAUGAGGAUGAAGAUUCGAAGGCUGUUAAUACGUGUCACGCUGACGACACACACUUGAAAUGUUCUCAGUGCGACAAAAAUUUUAAGUACCAUUGUCAUUUGAAAGUACACAUGAGAAUACACACCGGAGAAAAACCUUUCCCUUGUUCAAUCUGUGGACAAUGUUUUACACGAAGACAGUCUUUGAAAAAACACAUAAGACUACACACUGGAGAAAAACCUUUUACUUGUUCAAGGUGUGGGAAAGGUUUGAACCAAAAAAGUGAUUUGGAAAGACACAUGAGAUUACACACCGGAGAAAAACCUUUUUCCUGCUCAAUCUGCGGCAAAGAGUUUGCCGUAAAGCACAAUCUGAAAACACACAUGAGAGUACACACUGGAGAAAAACCUUUUUCCUGCCCAGAAUGUGGCAACGGGUUUGCGCUAAAAUCAUAUUUGAAAGAACACAUGAGGACACACACCGGAGAGAAAACUUUUUCCUGCUUAGAGUGCGGCAGAGCUUUUGGGCGACAAAUUGUGCUGAAAGAACACAUGAAAAUACACACCAGAGUAAAAACGUUUUCUUGUUCAAGCUGCGGUAAAGAUUUUGUACAAAGACAAACUUUAAAAAGACACAUUAGAACACACAGGUGAGAAAGUGUUGAGUUGCAGUGUGUGUGCUGAAAGAUUCUCUUCUAAGUACCAGUUGGAGAAACACAAGUGUGCUGGUGAGAACAGCGGCAGGAAAUGAAGAAAUAAACUGUAAAAACUUGAACUUUGACUUUCUAACAACAUCAGCACAUAGUGUAUAACAUGUGUGACAUCAUUGUUGUGUGUGUGUAACACAAUCGUGUUGGUAUACUUCUAACAUGUAUUGAUACGGUAUAUUAGUGUGUUUUUUUUCAGUCAAGUACAUGCAGUAAUGAACAACAUUGUGUUCUUUGAUUUGAAAAUGAACAGAACAAUUUGACUGAAAAGGUGGGAGUAAAUGGUACAAAACAUGUUAGAUGCACUAAUUAUUUUAUGUAUAAAUAGAUAUUCACAAUUCACUUUUACACUCGGUCAUAGUGUUUAUAGGUUUGUGUAAUGGUGAAGUGUUUUCAUAUCUAAUUAUAAAUGAUUCCAUAGAUGAACUCCUUUAUAUGAUGUACAUAUUUGUUUUAGAAGUGUUCAUACCUUUGCUUUUGAGUACACAUAAAUCCCUCUUAGUUCAUAUUUACUGGUUCACAUCUGAAACAUCUUCUGGACCACUUCUGGAAGCAUAUUAUUAUUUACUUUAUACAUCAUUUGAACAGUUUUCUUUUAUGCAAUUUUAAUAAAUGUUUGACUCUA